AUGACACGCGCGCUGCUGCUGCUGACGCUACCCGCGGUGCUGCUCACGGCGUGCGGCACGCGGGCGGCACAGGUGUUCGUCAUCGCCGACACCGACAACCAAACACGGAGCAUCAGCCACGCCGCCAAGGAGACCAUAGCCGAGGCUAACUAUGUAGCGCUGGAGGGACUGAACGACACGCUCGCGGACUCACAGGACGAGCACGAGCCUGUGGUCCGGAAGAAACGAACCUUCGGCGACAUCGUGUUUCGAGGACUGGCUGAUGUGCUAGGAUAUAACGUUGCUAGAAAACCACCCCAGAUAGUUUUUCCCCCGCCGUUGGCUCCAGUGCCCGGUAUCGAUGGACCGCUGCAAGCUGUCGCAGUAGUACCGGUACUAGCAGCACCCGCGCCGCAGGCUGGAUCUCCGGCGCCCUGUGGACGAGCUGUGACGCCGUGUGCCCCACCGCCGCCUCCACCGCCACCCAAACAGACUCAGCCACCUUGUCCCAGACCGCGAGCCAACCCCAGACCUCGGCCCAAGCCACGCCCGAGACCGACGACCCCCGCCCCGCCCCCGCCGUGUGCCCGACCUCGAGCUAACCCCUCAACACCAGCACCCUGCACCCCGCCAGCCCCGGCGCCAGCACAACCCAAGGCUGAUUCAAACCUGGAGACCAUCUCCUCUAACUUCCGACUCAACUUUAAUUUCAACAGAGCUCCGGCUACAUCCGCACCUGUCGCGGCCCCAGCGGCCGCAGCUGAUGAACAAGAGGAGGAUCAGGAACAGGAGCAGAUAGCACCGGUCGCGAUACAACCACGAGCGGCCAAGUUGCCUCAAGAUCCACCACGUAAGCCUCGAGUUUAUUUGGAUGCGUUCGUAGUUCGCAAUGGAGUACCACAAAGAGUUCACACUGUGGACGCUCAGACCCUCAACAACGCCCAGGCCGAUGACGACUAUUUGAUUUACGAUGAUGAACAACAGCAGGACAACCAGGAUGAUGAUGACGAAUAUGUUCAAGAGUCUAGAGAUCGCGCUAAAGCGGUCAAAGAGUUCGGAACCGCCGUUGAUCGUUUCUGGGAACAGAAGCAAAAACCAAAUAGAAAACUUCCUGCCAAUGAUUAUCGUAAUGUACACUUUGGUGAUCGGAAUUUAGCGAAUCAGAUCAUUCAACUCAACGACGAGAAACUGCAAACGCUUCAAAAAAGAAAACCGAAAGCUAAUCGCAUUCCUUCACCACCACCUCAAGAAGAUGAUGACGAUGAAGAAGGUGAAGUAACUACAACCACACAAGAUCCUCGACGGCCAUUAAAACCACGAGUGUUGCCUCCGACCGAACAAAACCCGAAUCAGAUCGAUACGGUAACGGUGAGAGUUCCCCCCAUAUACAAAGAGAAGCGACCCAAGAAAUUACACCGCGGACGAGCGGAGAGACCAGACAGAGACGAAGAGGAACCAGCUGUAGAGUCGUCCGAUGAACCAGAAGAUAACUAUGACUCAGAUACGGAAGACACUUCACAGGUUGAACAAACAGAACCUCCGAGAAGAAAACGAAGACGGAAAAAUAAGAGAAGGGCUCGUUCCCUCUCCAGCGAGGCUUACUCAGCAGGAGACUACGACUACUACGGGAAGAAGUUACCGAUAUCAGAGGAGGAAGAAUUCUUCCGAGGACUCACGAUACCGCCUCCCACAAAAGACGCGGACCUGGCGCGGUUAGAGAAAGGUGAAGAUGACGAGGAACACUUCCUGGAUGACCACGAGCGGUUGAAGGACGACCCGGAGAAGAUUAAAUAUGAUAACAACAAGAGCGACGAGGAAGAUACUCAAGAAGACAGAGAAGAUGAAUCAGAGAGAGUUAACAGCGAAGAGAGAUCCGGAGACGAUGAAGAGAGGACCGGAGACAGCGAGCGGGCUGACGAGGUGGAGCGGUCCGACAGACUGAGUCCUCACGCGAAGGUUAGAGAGACAGGCUACCAGAACAAAUACGUGAGGGCCAGCAACGUGCAGGUCGAUACUCCCGACACACUGGUCGCCUCCCUCAAGAGGAACACUAACAAACUACCGGCGUGA